GUUUUCACUGUGACAACGUGGCUGCGGGUUAGCAAAGCAUGAGCUGAACAGAGAUGGAAGCUGUGUUCCAGGCUCCAAAACGGAGGUCAAAGGUUUAUGAAUCAUUUGAGAGCCCAUUGCCUGUUCCAAUCACCAAAGAAGCUUCCUUGCCUCAGAGCCUCAUAUACAAAGCUGAGGUCAUUAACCAGCAUGUUAUAGUCAGAGAACCUGACCACAUUCAAGCUCUAUAUGGAAAGGGCUAUUUCGGUAAAGGAGUGCUGUCAAGAAGCAGGCCGGAGCACAGUAUUUCGGAUCGGUGGGAAAAUAUUGGUGACAAAUAUUUACCUGUCAUCCCUUUGUCAAAAUACCAAAAACACAUGACAUGGGCACACUCUGCUCUCCUAUCACAGGGUUUAGAUGAAGAGGUUGCCAGUCAGGUACUGCAAAAGCUGACACUUCCAGUUGAACUGAAUCUACGAGGAGAACAUAGUGAAGAACAUGUUGAAGAACAAGUUGGCCAUCAAAAAAGUCCAGAAUUGGCAUCCUUUCAGGCACCAUCUUCAGAUAGCUUAAGUCAGGACCAAUUAAUGGAGGAUGUGGCAGCAGCAGAAGACAUAAACGAUGAAAGAAAGGACUUGGAAUGCCCUGAGGCUAAAAUACCUCGUAGACAAGGAGAUCCUCUGUACGAUCCUCUUGCUGAACUCUAUUCUCAAGAACCUGAGCAGGUGGAUCCAAAUGCACUUGCCAAGGUCAAGUGCAAAAGGCACGAUGACUGGAUCGUUCACUGCGGAUGCCGGCUGGACGAGAGCCAAAUGAUGAGUGUUCUGUUCAAGUCGGGUUCAGAAGGCUUUUAUCCAUCUGCAGCUCGUGGAUAUGUUCUGGUGGAGGAACCCAGUGAAGAAGACAGUGGGGAUCCCAUUCAUGAUAACAUCUCCAAAGUGAGGACAGGCAGGUUGGUUUGCAGAAUCAAUCCUUUUAACAUGAUGGAAUACCUACAGCUCAGUUAUGAAGAGGCUUUCUUUCUGGUUUAUGCAUUGGGCUGCUUAUCAGUUUACUAUGACGGGGAGCCGCUGUCAGUCCUCCAAGUUUGGCAAAUGUUUUGUUCAGUGCAAUCCAAUUUUGAGACCACCUACGCAGCCUAUCACUAUUUCCGCAGUAAAGGAUGGGUGCCCAAGUCUGGGAUUAAAUAUGGGACAGAUUUACUGCUCUAUCGGAAAGGACCACCUUUUUAUCAUGCAAGCUACUCUGUGGUAGUGGAGAGAGUAGACGAGUCAUUUCAAGGUACUCCCCUGAGGCCCUUCAGCUGGAGGUCUUUAGCUGCUCUGAGCAGAACCACCGGUAACGUCUCAAAGGAGCUGAUGCUGUGUUAUGUAAUCAUGCCAUCAGAUAUGAAAACAGAAGAGACUUCCACGCCAGAGUUCCUGAAAAGGGUCAAAGUUCAGGAGCUCAUUGUAAGCAGGUGGAUAUCUUCACGAGAACGAACAGAACAGGAUGAUCUUUAGAGUUUUUGUUCUUGUAUACCAGUAAGUUAUUUAACUAAACAUCUUUGAAUGUUAAUAAACAUUCUGUAUGUAAUUAA